AUGCAAAGCGCGAGAACGAAACAGCUGCUCAUUCUCGGGCAUCGAAAAAAUCGUACGAACGACUUGCUUCGUGAGCUCAGCGCGCGACGCGAAUGUGACCCACAACUUUUGCUACGGCGAGAGAACUUGUCUGGAGAGCGUGACUCGAGCGGUGGGAGACGAUGGAAGAGGACGCGUGAGCGAUUGAAAUCGGUAACCGCCAAAGUCGAUACUGGGCUACACCGUAAAAGGUUCACUCCGAGCGCGCCACGAGAGGCAUUGUUGCCUCGAGUGGUUGUUGAACCAGCAGCACCCGCGUCUCCGGAGCACUCGUUCGAAGGCGCUCGCGGCGAGACUGAGUCAUCGACCUCGACGAGUGAUAACGGUGAUAUCAGCGCCUUUGCAGACGAUGGUGACGAUCUAGAGCUUCCACCCCGUACUCGCGUGCGGAUUAAGUGCGCUCGAGACGCCCGAGAGGCUUUGGAGGUUUUACGCUCGCGACCGCUCAGUCCGAGGUCCGUCGAAAAGUUUCGCGGCGCGCUAGAAUUAAUGCGAGCACAGCGCGCGCUGAUUGAGGCUGAGUUGUUGAGAGCGAACGCGUCGAAUCGCCUCGACGAGAGCGCAAAUGGUGCAGGCAUCGAUGACGAAGGAUCUGAGUCUGAGGUUGACGCCGUUGAAGAUUACGAUCCGACGGAGCAAAUAUCCGAAGAAUUUGGCUCCGUCUUCGGCGCGGUGGCGCACGAGUCCAGAGACCUCCUCAAACGAGAGGCCGGAGGAACUAACAUGAAAGAAGUCGAGAAACACUUACUUGAACACUAUCCAGCAAUACGGAAUAUAUUCAAGUACUACUCGAGCAUGACGAAGCCUUUCGAUGAGAACAUCACCGCCGCCGAGUUGGGGAGCAUGACGCUAUCGGAUUGGAUGACGUUUGUGAAGGACUGUAAACUCAUCGGACCGCAUCCCAGGCAUCAGCUCGUGAAAUCGAGCGCGGAGUUAUUGUUCAUAAGACUCAACUGGGUCACCGACGAUCGCGGCAGAAAGGUGAAGAACCGAGAUUUGUCCAACAGCGACCGGACGUUGAUCAUGCCCGAGUUCAUUUGCGGCAUACUGCGUUUGGCGAAGCAAUGCGGCGUGCGGAUGGAUAAUUUCGGGCUCACAGCGAGCCGUUUCAUCAAAGAUAUCGUCUAUCCACGCGCACACUCGGUGGACGUCGAAGAGUUCCGCACGCGAAUGCGAUUUCGCUCGGCAAGAGCCGCGCUCGACGCGUUUCAAGCCGACAUCCGAUCCGUCUUCGUGCGAUACGCCGCCGCGGAGGCGAAAUCCGCCAUCGGUGGCGGUCUGGAGACCAUGGAUCUCAAAGAGCUCAUGCAACUAUGCCGCAACAUCGACAUCGUCACUUUCAACGACGCCGAUCAUCACCUUCUCUCGCCGCUCGCCGUGCAGCACGCCUUCGCGCUCAGCCAGCUGCAAGUCGUCGGCGACGACGCCGGCGAGAUCGACGCCGACGAGUUCAUCGAGCUCAUCGCUCGUCUCGCCGAAAACUUCUUCGACGUCUACUUCACCGCCAUCGCUAACGCUCAAUCCGCGCGCCUUCACCGCGUCUCCCAUCCGGGCGAAAACGUCCUCGCCCUCGCGCCCGCCCCGCGCGUCGACGACGUCGCCCUCGCGCCCAAGCUCCGCUGGUUCCUCCCGCGCCUCGCCGCGGCGUCGUCGUCUCGUUCGGUACCUGUCCAUUGA